AUGCACCGCUGUGAGGUUGGCCAUCAUCAUCAUCAGGCACGCGCAUUCAGUUCAGUUCACCUCAGACACAUAAAACGGGGGAGGAUUCUCAUAUCUCGGGUGCUAAAACGUCUUCCUUUUAUCUGACGUUCGUCUGCUUUCAUUUCCGUUCACUGUAAAAUCACCUCGUCGUCUGAAUGGCUAAAUCUCCACGCAAAUUGUUAUCUUUCUCUUGUGUGCCGUUCAUUUUUGUCUCCGCUGGUCAUAUAGCUAAAUGGCAGUUAGCCUAGCAGCGUCGCUACACCCUGUAGCAGGACUAAAAAAAGUGGCCUAAACAUUCAGUCAAUGAAAACCACCUUCUGGACCAGCUCUUGGAUGUCACUAAAAGGUUAUAAAUCAGCAGAGGUCGAGAUAACGCAGCAAAGGUGUUUGCGAGGGUAAAGAAAAUAAGUCCGUGUGCUGAGAAAGAGUGAAAAGGAAAACGGAGGAGGACCGCGGCAGCAGCUGGUCGGCAGCUAAAGUGAAAGAAAAACAUCAACACCCCUGUGAUGGCAAACGAGCCGGUUAUUCUGAACGUCUAUGAUAUGUACUGGAUCAAUGAGUUCACUACCUCUCUGGGAAUUGGAGUCUUCCACUCAGGAAUUGAGAUCUAUGGCAGAGAGUUUGCCUAUGGAGGACAUCCUUAUCCUUUUUCAGGUAUAUUUGAGAUAACACCUGGUGAUGCCACAGAACUGGGAGAGACAUUCAAAUUCAAAGAGGCCAUUGUUUUAGGGAGCACAGACUUUACAGAAGAGGAUAUGGAGAGAAUAGUGGAGGAAAUGGGGAAGGAAUAUAAGGGGAACGCCUACCACCUCAUGCACAAGAACUGCAAUCACUUUUCCUCAGCACUAUCGGAGAUCCUCUGUGGUCGAGAGAUCCCACGCUGGGUGAACCGGCUGGCCUACUUCAGCUCUUGUGUGCCCUUCCUUCAGAGCUGCCUGCCAAAGGAGUGGUUGACGCCGGCCGCACUGCAGUCCAGUGUUAGUCAGGAGCUCCAGGGAGAGCUGGAGGAGGCUGAGGAUGCUGCUGCCUCUGCAUCUGUCCCGACGCCAUCCUGUGCCGUGGCACCCGCUCCCAGACCUACCCGACACCAACCGCGCCGUUGAACCCUGCUGCCUUGAGUGACAGGCCAUCUCUGGUUUGAGCUGUUCUGCCAACAGACCCCACACGCCCUCUCCUGACAGACUAGCAAUUCACCAGCGGACUAGAUGAAACCUACCGUCUGUUUUCACUGAAUUAUUUUAGUAUGCUCAAGUGGCCUUUACGGGCCUGGAAACUAUCGAUCUUGUUUACUGUAAAACCUUCUAUGAGUUCAUCAGUGUUUUGACUUACGUUUUGGCCUUUUAUGUUUUGUUUUAAAAACUCAGGACUUAAUUACAAUGGCUUUGUUUAGUCACAGUUAGUUUUUUUUUCCAGUUUUUUUUAUGCUUUUCUUAUGCUGGAGUUGCGCACUAGCCUUUUUCCCCUUAUUCCUACAGAAAGCGCCUAGUCAGUGAAUAUGAGAGAUUUUUUUUUUUUAUGGAGAACAUUUGUUUACAGAUUACUUGCGUCCAAUCCGUGUAUGAUUGUGUUGUUGUGUGCGGGUUACAAAAGCCAAAUCUCCACACUUUUGUACUGACACACAUCCCACACUUUGGUGACUGUGCCUGAAGAUUUUUACCGUUACGUGCUCCGAGAGCUCUGCACUCUUUCUCUACAGAUCUCUACCUGUUCGGUCUGCUUUGAGUGGCAAGCUUCUUGUCCUAUGAGACCUUCCUCAGAUGUUUUACACCUUUUUAGUUUUUAGAGUCUUAUAUGUACUUGAGACAACAUUUGUAUUCCAUUUUAUGAUUAUUAAAUAAAAUAUACAAGUCUGUUCUCAAACAAAGUUAUCCGUUAAUUCUGACAACUCUGGGAAAAACAAGCAUUAUUCAUUUUUUGAUCACUCGUCAUUUCGAAUCCAUGUGUUUCUUUCUUUUUAUCAAACAAAAAUACAAAUGUUUAGCAGAAAGUCUGAGCUGCUCUUCUCCAUAUAAUGAAAGUGAAAAGUUACUAGUCUCCAAAAAUGACAAGUGCCAUACAACUUCUGCACUGUAUAAGUCACCCUGGAUAAUGUAGAAAAGCUUUGUGUGAGGAAUGGACUAAAAUUUAAGUUCUUGAAUAAUUGUCAUGUUCAUGGCCAUGGUCACCAUUCACUUCAUUAUGUGGAAUACAGAGUCUUGGCUGUUCUACUAAACCUCUUGUCUUCCAUGGAACUUUUUAAAUCUUGUGGAUUUCAGGAGAUAUGAGGGUAAGCGAAUGAUGACAAAUCUAUCAUAUUAUAUAACCUCUUUUUCAUAUCCCACUUGGUCUCAAUUUAAAACCUGUUGAGAAGUGUUGUGAACAUUAGUUAGGUAUUAUAGUGUAUUAUGAGUAUUAUAAUGCAAAUUUUUUUAAUACAUUUUUGCUGUUUGCUUUGUUCUUUUUUCAGAUUUUUUUUUUAAUGGCUAAAGUCUGGGAAUGAUCAUUGUGGCAUUGAAAACUAUUAAAGUCGUUCAAAAAUCAAAA